AUGAGACUCAAGAUCUGGGAUCUCUUCGAAGACCACCACCUAUUUGAUGGUAGAGAAUCAGACGCUUGCCAUUCAGAUGCGCAACUUCUGGCCGAAAUAAUAGCGAUGCUGGGGCCUCCACCAGUGGAGUUUCUUCGUAGAUCACCUCGCAGCCUGGAAUACUGGGACUCGUCAGGUCAAUGGAAGGCUUCUGAGAAAAUCCCAUCCAUUUCAUUGGAUGACUCAGAAGAGUAUCUAGAAGGCGAGAACAAGCAGAUGUUCAUGAACUUUAUGAGAAAGAUGCUUCGAUGGGAUCCAGAAGAGAGACAGAGAGCCCCCGAACUAUUGACAGAUCCGUGGUUGACAAGUUCAUAGUGGACUGUAUUAAUACCAGUAAAAAUAACAUACAAUGGCUUGAAUAUACGAGAUAAUAAACAAUGUAAAAGUAAUAAACAAUGCUUGAAAAUCCCUGAAAGUUAGAAUCGUU